UGCCAUCAACCCGCGACAGCAAGCAUUAGCUUGUGCGGCGGCUAGCAGAUUUUCGACGUGCGCCGUUUUCAUGGCCCGCGUCAAAUUUAUGGACUAACUUUGUUUUGGCAAUCUAUCACAGACCACCAUGAGUUUAUUUGGGACAACAGCCGGUUUUGGCACCGGCGGAACGAGUGUGUUUGGCAACACCACGACAGAUACCCAUAAUCCAAUGAAGGAUGUAGAGGUGACGUCCCCGCCUGAUGACAGCAUCAGCUGUCUGGCCUUCAGUCCCCCCACUCUCCCAGGAAACUUUCUCAUCGGAGGAUCCUGGGCCAAUGAUGUGCGAUGUUGGGAAGUGCAGGACAACGGCCAAACCGUGCCUAAAGCCCAGCAAAUGCACACAGGACCAGUGCUGGAUGUGUGCUGGAGCGACGAUGGGAGUAAAGUCUUCACUGCCUCAUGUGAUAAAACAGCCAAAAUGUGGGACUUGAACAGCAAUCAGGCCAUGCAGAUUGCACAGCAUGAUGGCCCCAUUAAAUCAAUCCACUGGAUAAAAGCUCCAAACUACAGCUGUGUGAUGACAGGUAGCUGGGACAAAACACUGAAGUUCUGGGACACGCGGUCCCCAAACCCCAUGAUGUCGCUGCAGAUGCCAGAGCGCUGCUAUUGUGCCGAUGUGGUGUAUCCCAUGGCGGUGUGUGCCACAGCAGAGAGGGGUCUGAUAGUUUACCAGCUGGAGAAUCAGCCUUCAGAGUUCCGCAGGAUAGACUCUCCCUUAAAGCAUCAGCAUCGCUGUGUGGCCAUCUUCAAAGACAAGCAGAACAAGCCCACUGGCUUUGCACUCGGCAGCAUUGAAGGACGAGUGGCCAUUCAUUACAUCAAUCCCCCCAAUCCAGCCAAGGACAACUUCACCUUCAAGUGCCAUAGAUCGAAUGGAACCAACACUGCCACUCCCCAGGACAUUUAUGCUGUGAAUGCAAUUGCUUUCCACCCAGUCCACGGCACGCUAGCCACGGUGGGCUCCGAUGGACGCUUCAGCUUCUGGGACAAGGACGCCCGCACCAAGCUGAAGACCUCAGAGCAGCUGGAUCAGCCAAUCACAGCCUGCUGCUUCAACCACAACGGAAACAUCUUCGCGUACUCCUCCAGCUAUGAUUGGUCAAAGGGCCAUGAGUACUACAACCCUCAGAAGAAGAACUACAUCUUCCUUCGCAACGCCGCCGAGGAGCUGAAGCCUCGGAACAAGAAAUGAUUCGUCGUUGUGUGCAGAGUCCCAUCUCGCUGGUGGGAAAGGCAUUGGAGGAGCGGCUUUAGUGUGUAUAUAUGGCAAGAGAACCACACAACACCCCCCCACCCCCACCUUUUGGCUUACACCUGGACCAAUGGCGAGGCUUUGCGUACUGUGUAUGGACCAAUCAGCAGGGGCCAACCUGCCCUUGUAUUGAUGACCGCUUUGUGGCUUCAGGUCAUGUGAGGGUAGCCGUUCUCUUUUGUUGCUCUUCAUCAUUGUUGAUGGUCAUAGAUAUGAACACUAGAUGCUACGUUCAGCCCUUUGGCAUGGCUCAUCCCUAUGUGCCGCCGUCUUGUGCCAGUAUCCCAUGUUCUGUCAUAGAUCUUGUGUUCCUGCCACUUACAGAAUACUGUGCGUAUCGCCUUGUCAGCAAUUGAUGGCAGCGUUAUACGGGCAUAUACAUUGCGGCUAUCUGACUUCAGCCAUUCGCUCCAUUGCAAAGGAGGGGCCAACGCCGCGUCUAGUGUUCAUGUCUAUGGUUGAUGGUAAAACUCCUUUUUAUAUUCAUGUCUGCAAGUUAUUUUUUUACAUGGCUUCCAUGAGGAUACAAUGAUGUUUUUGGUGGUUGUUGUUGUUGUUCAACCUUUUGCUUUACUGUCAUUACUCAGUGUAGCUCGAUCUUGAAAUGUAAAACCAAUAAAUAAUUAUCUCCAGGA